AUGUCGAGGAAAAGUUCCAGGAUUGAUAACGCCUUUGCAGACACGGGGGAUUUAGAGUCUCAUAAUGCAAGGAAGAGGAAACAUGCAGAGGAUUCUGACGGGAGUGAUAGUUCGGUUUCGGACGAAGAGGACAGGAGAGUUGAAAAGAAGCUGUUACUUGACCUGCAAAAGUGGGAGAAAGGCUGGAAUGUGGAGUUGACCAACCAGCGCAAGAAGGUAUAUAAGCGAGCCUUGAAAGCAUACACAACUGGAUUCCGUCCGUCCUCCUGGGAAUUGACGCCGUCAAACACUCCGAUAAAAAAAGAGGCAGGAUCAACAACGGGGAGCUCGAUUGUUGUUGUGGAAGGAAAGUUCGAGCGUAUGAACUCUUUCACAUUUAUUCCAACUGCACGGAGUGUAAAGGAGCCGAAUGACCCCGUACGGCGUUCUGCUUUGUUGAGCUCAGGAGAAGAAGACGAUGAAUGGGUAGAGGACUUGGCAAACUGGUCCAUGGAAAAUGAUAAGGAGCGCCAAAAGAUACUUGCGUUUAGUGAGCAUAUCUUGUCUUCGUGCGCUCCGAGGGAUGUUCUGCAAGAGCUCUUCGCCAACCUUUCAAAUGGCAAACGAAAGGCCACCUUCACUUCUACGAAGCUGGAGGUAACCCGAACUCUUCGAGCACUUGCCCGUCAGAAGAUUGGAAGCAUGAGUGCUGUCGAGCUGCUUAAACGGCAUUUAAGAUUGAGCACGGAUGGAGAUCGCCGCUCGCAUACCGCAUUCGAUGGUGAAUUCCAUCUCAUAUGUCAAAUAUGUGGGUUAGCUGGAUGUCAGACACAUCUAAUGUCUUUCGAUAAGGAUGCGUUGCGCCAGCGCAAACCUUUCAUCGAAAUACCCAAUGUCCCGAAAAGCGUCUCUUCGCCAUGCAGCUCAAACUGUUGCUAUUAUUUUCAGAGAGAGACAGAAAUCUGUGAGGACACGAUAUCAGCCCGUGUUGCUGACUGGAAAAGUGAUGAAUUGAGGACUCUGGGAGUCGCUUACCGAUGCUUUGGACGCGACUACUGCCGAAUAUCAAUAUCAUAUUCGAAUAAGUCGUGUGCAGACGUUUACUACAUGGUCAUCGCCUUGACUAACGGCGACUGCACAGCGCUCGCUAUGUACGAAGGGGCCUUAAUUUCAUCAUUGACCGAAAUGAUCAAGGAGGCGGAUAGGCUCGCCAUCUCUGGCCGCAUGGCACUACCUCCUGCUGUUCCCAAAAAAGAAUAUUCUCCCACUCGGAAGCGUACGCCGACCGCUCCUUGCAGCUGUGAAGAUCACUUACAUAACCCCGCUACCGCUGUGUGCACAGAAAACUGCAGCUGCGUGAAAACGGGGAACUUUUGCGAGAGAACAUGCGCGUGCUCCAAAUUCUGUCCAUAUCGAUAUCCUGGCUGUGACUGCGUAUCGGGGUGUCGUGCUAAAGUGAUUAAAGUUCCAGCCACCUGGGACCAAACGGAAAACAGGCAUGUGAAAGGUCAUUUCAAACUCCAAGCGAACGGGAAGGAGUUUUGUAGAUGUGUUCACGAAGAGAGGGAAUGUGAUCCUGAUGUGUGUAGAUCCUGCGGUGCAGAUGUGGAGUGUGGGGCUGUUGGACGGAAGACAUCCUCCUUAACCUGCCAUAAUCAAGCUAUGCAAAGAAAUAUGAAGAAGCAUCUAUGUGUUGGCGACAGCGAGGUGCACGGUCGUGGAGCAUUUUUACGUGAGCCUGCGGAGAAAGGGGAGCUGCUUGCUGAAUACACGGGAGGGGUGAUAUCCGUUGCAGAAUCAAAUAGACGGGAUGCCAUCAAUGCAGCGUCCAAAUUAAAUUAUCUUUUCAGCUUGGGAGAUAAAUAUGCGCCAUUAGUGGAUGCCUCACGGAAAGGGAACAAAACCCGAUUUAUCAAUCAUGGAGAAUAUCCAGAUAAAGCCAAUUGCUUCCCAGUUGUUAAGAUGGUGAGCGGCGAACUUAGGGUUGGCAUAUACGCUGCGCGGCGGAUCGAAGCUGAGAAAGAGCUCUUCUUUGAUUAUGGCGAAGAUUUUACCAACGGUAGGCAAACACCAGAUACCUGCUGA